AUGGAUGAUGGUGUAGAAGCCAAGCCCCUCUGCUUGACACGGGAACAAAUUGAUAAGCAAGUAGAGCGGCUGUCGCGCCGGCCGGAGCAGCGAACGCUACCGGAUCCGUUUCCUGUUUGUCCGACUGUGCGAAUGUCGAAGGAGCAACUUGAGCAAGUUACGAAACGUGUGUUUUAUCAUUAUUCGGAGAAACACGCCGAAGCGUUGCGACUUGCGGAAGAAAGGCGCGAGAAGGAAUGCGGGGUUGCAUCCACUGUAUUGAGCGCGAGUGAUGUGGAUGACAUCGUGAAGCGUUUGUACUAUGAGGGAAUGGAGCGUGUGAAGGUGGGUCGCAAGGAGGCUAGUGACCGUCUGUUGUUUAAGUCAACCAAGGUUCUUCCAGUUAUCUCGCUAAAGAGGUUUGUCAACGACAUGUAUCUACGCGGUUUGGAACGGGAAAAGAAGAAGGAGGAAAAGCUGUACGAGAAGUACAUUCUCCCUACAGAGAUUCCCAAUCUGAGGAUAUCGAAGUCUCAAGCCGCGGAGUCAGCAGUGCGCUUGUCACGUCGACAUGAAUAA